AUGUCGGCCGGCUCCUGUCUCAUCACCGGUGGCACGGGCUACAUUGGCUCCUUCACAGCCCUCGCCCUCCUCGAAGCCAACUACUCGGUUGUCAUAGUCGACAACCUCUACAAUUCCUCGCCAGAAGUCCUCAACCGUAUUGAGCUCAUCUGCGGUAAACGACCUCACUACUACUGCCUGGACAUCACCGAGGAACAGGCGCUGGACGAGGUCUUCGAAAAACACCCCGACAUCGACAGCGUCAUCCACUUCGCCGCCCUCAAGGCCGUAGGCGAAUCCGGUGAAAUUCCCCUCGACUACUACCGCGUCAAUGUAUACGGCACCCUCACCCUCCUGCGCUCCGCCGCCCGCCACAACGUCACCAACAUCGUCUACUCCUCCUCCGCCACCGUCUACGGCGACGCCACCCGCGUCCCUGGCAUGAUCCCCAUCCCCGAAGAGUGCCCCCUGGGCCCCACCAAUCCCUACGGAAACACCAAGUUCACCUCCGAGCUCAUGAUCACCGACCACAUUGCCGCCGAGCGCGCCAAAGCACAGAAAGCCGGCGACACUGCAGCCGUCAAGAAAUGGAACGCCGGCUUGCUCAGAUACUUCAACCCAGCCGGGUCGCACCCGAGCGGCAUCAUGGGCGAAGACCCGUCAGGCGUGCCAUACAACCUUCUCCCGCUGCUGGCCCAGGUCGCCACCGGCAAGCGCGAGAAGCUGCUCGUCUUCGGCGACGACUACGCCUCCCACGACGGCACCGCCAUCCGCGACUACAUCCACAUCCUGGACCUCGCCCAGGGCCACCUCAAGGCCCUCGACUACCUGCGCACCAACAACCCCGGCGUGCGCGCCUGGAAUCUCGGUACAGGCCGUGGCUCCACCGUCUUCGAGAUGGUCAAGGCCUUCAGCAAAGCCGUCGGCCGGGAUCUGCCCUACGAGGUUGUCGGCCGCAGAGCUGGGGACGUCCUUGAUCUGACGAGCAACCCCACCAGAGCCAACAGAGAGCUGGGCUGGAAGACCCUGCGUACCCUGGAGGACGCGUGUGAGGAUCUCUGGCGCUGGACCGAGAAUAACCCCGACGGCUACAGGCAGAAGCCCCCGCAGAAGUUUUUGGAUGCUUUGAAAAAGAAUAACUGA